AUGAACAAUAUUAUUAUACAACAUGGCUGCAAUUUCGACGUGUCGAUUGCAACGGUUCUUGAAUAAAGCUACGCUUUGUAAACACGUUUCUUCAUCAUUCAUUACAAAAAAUCAACACAAGCAUGGUUCAACAUUUACAUAUGUUGCUGAAACAGCACAGACUGACGGUGAGGUCAAGAGGAUGAAUUUAUUCCAGGCCUUAACAGAUGCAAUGGACAUUGUGUUGGCUGCUGAUGAAUCUGCUGUUAUAUUUGGUGAGGAUGUUGCUUUUGGAGGAGUUUUCAGGUGCACAGUUGGUCUUAGAGAUAAGUAUGGUGAAGACAGAGUAUUUAACACUCCCCUCUCAGAACAGGGAAUUGUUGGAUUUGGAAUAGGUGUGGCAACUGCUGGAGCAACAGCCAUUGCAGAAAUACAGUUUGCCGAUUACAUUUUCCCGGCAUUUGACCAGAUAACAAAUGAAGCUGCAAAGUUUAGAUAUCGGACUGGUAACUUAUUUGAUUGUGGGAAAUUGACAAUCCGAGCCCCUUGUGGGGCAGUUGGCCAUGGAGCACUAUAUCACUCACAAUCAGUUGAAGCAUUUUUCGCACAUAUUCCUGGUUUAAAGGUUGUUAUUCCUCGAGGACCAAUUCAAGGAAAAGGACUGAUACUAUCUGCUAUCAGGGACCCUAAUCCAGUGCUAUUUUUAGAACCAAAAGUCUUAUACAGACAGGCUGUGGAGGAAGUACCAGUUGGUGACUAUGAACUGCCUUUAUCAGAAGCUGAAGUUCUUAUAGAGGGAUCAGAUGUUACGAUUGUUGGUUGGGGAACCCAAGUCCACAUCCUACGAGAGGUUGUAAACAUGGCAAAAGAUGAGCUGGGUGUUUCCUGCGAAUUGAUAGACCUGAGAACAAUAUUACCUUGGGACAUUGACACUGUUGAGCAGUCUGUGAACAAAACUGGAAGGCUGAUGAUUGCUCACGAAGCUCCAAAAACAAGUGGCUUUGGUGCAGAAAUAGCAAGUACAAUACAGGAACAUUGCUUCCUGUCACUAGAAGCUCCUAUUCAACGUGUUUGUGGCUGGGACACGCCAUUUCCUCAUAUAUUUGAACCUUUUUAUAUUCCUGAUAAAUGGAGGUGUUUUGAAGCAAUCAAGAAAGUUACAAGUUUUUAGUAUAGCAAUUCUUAGAAUUUCGUACAAAUGAAUUCUAGAAAAUAGGGCAAAUUUAGAUUCAGGACACGAUAAAAAUACUAAACAUAUAUUCUAAUAUGUCAAGUGUUAUAGACUACAAUAGACACUCUUGAGAUAAAAAAUGCCAUCUUGCAGAAGUGCGAAGAAAAUUCAAAAUUCAAAACCGCAUUGCAUUAAAAGACAAGAUGGCGUCCUGUUAUGGUAUUCUUAUACUUGCAAUCCUGGAUUUAAAUUUCACAUUUCGAGGAUUGUAGUUCGCAAUUACAAUCCAUAUGAUGUAAUAAAGUUCUUUUGUGAGCGAAUACUAAUAAAAAUCGUCAAUAAUAAUGGUUGCUAUUGUAUGUUUAAAGCAAUAAUUUGCCACUCCACUCGAUGCAAAACCAUCGCAAAAUUAUGGGCAGUAUUUAUGAUGAAAUUCUCCGCAAAAAAGCUAGAAA